GAACACAACAUUAUAUCAGGACCUAUAGACACCUGGACCAACCUGGAGAGAACACAACAAGAUGAGGAUCCUGCUGAUAGUCAUCCUCCUCUCCUUCAUGACAGGUUGUUUGAGCUCCUUCAAAGUGACAGGAUACUCUGGAGGAACUGUCAUCAUCUACUGUGCAUAUUCACAUCAGCAGGACGACAAUCAAACAUCUUUCAGUGAUGGUAACAGCAAGGAUACAAUCAUAACUGGAUUGAAGAACAGCUGGCAUCACGUUGGUAGAUUCUCUCUGUAUGACAACACUGAAGGAAACUACUUCAAGGUGAUCAUCAGACAACUGACUAAACAAGAUGAAGGGACCUACAGGUGUGGAGUGGACAAACCUACUGCAAGGGACAGUUACACUGUUGUAGAGCUGAAAGUAGAGGAAGAUGACUGCUGUGAGAAGUCAGUCACAGAGACGGUCUAUCUGGGAGGAGAAGCUACCAUCAGCUGCAACUAUCCAGAGGACCGCGAGGACAGCACCAAGCAUUUCUGCAAGGAGCAAGAUCGUUUCAUCUGCAAUUCCAUGAACUCCAACAACAACAAAAUGUAUGACAACAGUACAGAGAAAUUCUACUCAGUGACCAUCAGUGACCUGACUGAAGAUGAUACUGGGACCUACUGGUGUGGAGUAGAAACCAGCAGGACAGAAGACCGUUACAUUGCACUGAUCACACAGGUGAAGCUACGUGUUAUAAAUUGGAGGGACAUCAAACCAAUCAGUGUGACGGAACAGGUGGGGGAGACUGCCAGGCUCACUUGUAAAUAUCCAGCAGACCACAAGAAGAAUGAGAAGUUCUUCUGCAAGGGGGACAGUCCUUUAACUUGUGAAGAUAAAGUAACAUCUACACAACCUAACAAAAUUAUUUGGAAAUGGAGGUUUUCCCUGAGGGAUAACCGUGAGAAGUCCAACUUCACUGUGCACAUCAAGAAGCUGAAACCAGAGGAUUCUGGGACAUACUGGUGUGGAUCUGAUAGAAGGUGGAGACCUGCAGACUACACUAGACUUCAGCUCUCUGUGGCCACAACAACAACAAAAAGAACAACACCAGCUACAGCAUCUCCAGCCCCACCCACAACCACCUUCAUCUCACCAUCAUCAUCAUCAUCAUCAUCAUCGUCACCAUCAUCACCGUCAUCAUCACAAUCAUCAUCACCAUCAUCAUCAUCACCAACAUCACUCAACAGAUCUGGUACCUCAGUGGUCAUCAUGGUGUCUGUUAGUCUGGUAGUGUUGCUGCUGGUGAUCAGCCUGAUCAUAGUCUACAGAUGGAAAUACAACAAGGCCACAGGAUCUGUCUCUUCAACACACAGAGUGAGCCCAGACAAAGGGAACAACGAAGGGGGUUGUCAUGGUGACGGUGACUAUGAGGAGAUAAAGGAGCGCCCCCUACAGUCAGACUCAGACGCUGCGCCCACCACCAUCUACGCCACCGCCAACUUACCCACAAGCCACUCUGACUCUCCCCACUACGCCAGCAUCAACUUCCACAAGAAUCCCAGCGGCCCCAACGAAGCCAGAGUCACCAUCACUAAAGAGGGCAGCUGCCGCAAUGAGGCCACCAUUGCCAUCGAUAAAGAGGGCACUUCCUCAUGUGACUAUGCUACUGUGAACUUUGGUCAAAGCCCCGCCUACUCUACUGUCAAUCAUCCACACAGCUCCUCUGAGACUCCUCCCAUCUACUCUACAGUCGGCAAACCCACACACACCUGAGUCACUGGUAACCAAUCACAAGGGCCAUGCACACACUGGCGACCAAUCACAAGGGCCAUACACCCACUGUCUACCAAUCAAAAGGGACAUAUGUUAACUAUAUGCACUGACCUCUCUUUUUAGCUAAUCUUUUUAAUUUUUUUGCUCAUUCUCUCUCUCUCUCUCUCUCUCUCUCUCUCUCUCUCUCU